AUGGCGGAGGCUGUGGAUAUCAUGCACAAAUUUGUGCUUUCUGAGAGAGAGCUAUGUGGUACAGCUAUUGAGUUGGGGGAUGCUGAUACGGGUGUCCAGGAGUGCCAAAUGAGCCUAGUAGGGAAAGUAGUUGGGGAAAAGAUAAUCAAUUUCGUGGGGGUGAAAAACUUUGUCAAUCUGACUUGGGGAUAUCCUAUGGGGUUAUUUGUGAUGGAGUUAGGUCCUAACUUGUUUCAGUUUGUUAUUCCUUGUGCAAAUGACAGAGAAAGGAUUCUGAAUGGAGGCCCUUGGAUAGUGGACAGUCAACUACUGGUACUUAGGAGCUGGUAUGAUGGGAUUGAAGAUGACCGGUGUGCUUUUAGUUUGGCCCCUUUGUGGCUACAAGUUUGGAAUCUCCCAGUUCAUUGGAUUUCGAAAGAGGUAGGGUUGAAAAUUGAAUCUAUUUUCAAAGAGAUGAAAGAGGUUAUCAUACCCCAAGCAGGAGGAAAGGAAGAGAGACAUUUGAAGUUAUUGGUGGUGGUUGAUAUUUCCCAACCAUUGUUGAGAGGAUCAGUAGUUAAACUUAAUGGAAUGAGGAAAUGGAUCAGUUUUAAGUAUGAACGAUGCCCAGAUUUUUGUUAUGGUUGUGGUAUCAUUGGGCACAGGAAUUCCCAGGUUGAGCAGCCUAGAGGUAGAGGGAGAUCUGAUCAGGUGGUUUGGAGUUUUAAGAAUGGGAAACUGGUACGAAAAGGGGUUACUGAGGACCAUCAGGAUAAGGGUUCAGGUAUGCUAGGGGUUAAUGAACAAAGGAUCAUAAGACGAGAGGAGCAAAUUCAGGCAUUCAAAGGGCGUAAGGAGGCUAGCUCAGAGGGACCGAGUGGUACAGAGUUGGAUACCACAUCUGCGGUGGUACUAGAUAAUAAGGUUAGUGACAUUAAGGUAGCUACGGAUAGGGGGUCAGGUGAACUCACUGCUAAUAAGGAGGAGAAUAGGGAUCAGCAAACAAGUGAGGGUGUUAUAGAAGAGGGAGAUGUACGAAUGGAAGAAAGGAUGCAAGGAGAAAACACAGUUGAGGAGAGGCAAAAAGAAGCUGUCCACAAAAUGAGCAAGAGAAUUAGAAGACAACUCAAACCUCCUAGCAGGAAUAGAAAUCCGGUAGAUAAAUUUGAUGGUAGUUCUAGGAAAAUGGAGACUAGAGGAAAGAGGAAGAAUUACCAGGAAUAUGCUAACAUAGAAGAAGUUAUACACGACAUGUUGACAUCUAAAAGGAAUAAACUUGAUCAUUCGCUUGAAAUUAGAAUAGAUGUUGUUGAUGGAGGGAGGGGGACCAGCCUUAGUGGGUCCCCAAGUGUGCAAUGA